GUGGGACACGGGCCAAGUCGACAUUUCCCAGUCUUGAUUUGACCCCAUUAUCUUUAAACUUCCAGCUUGUCUUCCCUCAUAAGAAACAUUUCCAAUAGAGACAAAAAAAAAAUGUUUUCGACAUUGGCCUACAACCUAACUCCUUCUCCUCUGAUUGUACAGUAAAACUACAACACUAGACACUCGUCACCUUCUUCGAUCCAAACACGACCGCUACUACGCUAGCUUUUGUUCGCACCUCUAAACUUAAUUGAGAUAUACCACUACCUCCCAUAACCUCCCAUUACCACCGCCGCUACCACACACUUUCUCCAUCGUCGCUCUCCGUCCAGGAUAAGUUGCAUAUCGUCAUUUUCCGUUUGAUCGCCCGGUCAAUUGAUCCUGCCUAUUGUCCGAUCCCAAUAGCAAUUUCAAGACUGGGUCGGCUUUGACGAUUCAAUACACUUCUUUCUCCGACCCUGAAUUCCUCGACUCCGACCUCGACAAAAAAAACUCCUCAUACCGUCCUCCGCAUCUCAUCCUCCACCCCGCACAAAACAAACAAUCUCCAAGAUACCUUCAAGCAUUCUCACCUAUUUAGGGUCGCUGUGUAUUGUCCAUCAUAGCGCCCGACCGCGAUUGUCUUCGCCCGACGCGUGGACACUGUCCACUCCCAUCCCACAAAUUUAAUAUACCUUUUACCAGUUAAAGACUACCAAACCCUCAGAUGAUAUGGCAAUACGAUAUGAAGUAGAUGCGCUGAUAUUCCUGCGCGAGUCGCCGUUAUGUAUCAAGCCAAGUACACUUCCUCCAGCGGAAGAAUGGAUGGGACCACCGCCUGAGACUUUUCGUAACAGCCAAGGCAGCAAGCCUAGCGGAGAGAGGAACAGAAACAAUGACAAUCUUCUAUUAGAUCCAUCCAACAGACGACCGGGUGUCGAUAGACAUGUGUCGCGCAAUGCAGAUCCAGAGGAUAUCGUCCUUGGGCCUCCGCGCACGACCUUUUCAUCUACCCUCUCUAGAGGCAACAAAACAUUUGAUAACGAUAAGACCCUAAAAGAUAACGACGGUCGAGACCGCUUCUCUUUCCGCCCCAGAAAUGGUGACACCGACAAUUCUGAGCGUUUCCGUGAUCGUAACCGUGACCCGGAUCGUGACAAUCGAAGUUUUCGUCGACGCGAUGCGGAUCAAGAUAGUGAAGGUUGGAGCACCGUUAAACCGCGUAAGAGUUUCGGGCAUGAAGGUGCAGAGCGCUUCAAUCGUACGAGCGACCGUGCUGAGCGCUUUGGUGGGGAUCGCCGACCACGCGAGCAGGAUGACCGCGACAGUGGUCGUCGUACCUUUGGCGAAUUUGGCAAGGAUAAAGAAGGGGAGGAUGGCGACAAGCCUCGUAGAAACGGCGUGAACAGAAACAGGACGGAUCAACCUUGGCUAAGGGAGAGCGACGCUGCUCCCCAACCUCGAGAGCGUUUUGAUAGAUCCAAAAGCUGGAGAGACAGGGCCGCAGACGAUCACCAGAACGAAGCGCCCCAGGAUAGGCAAGGAGACAGAACAUUUGAGCGAAGAUGGGAUCGACGGGAUCAUCGCCAAGAACGGGAUCCCGAAUGGCUCGAUGAACCUGUCGAAGAGCAACCCCAAGCACAUACCCAAGAAGAUUUCAAGAAAUUCAUGGACAACUUGAAAGCAGGGAAAAAUCAAGCCAAGGCCGAGCCCGCUCCGUCAACAGUUGAAGCAGCUGCGCCGGCAGAGAAGUCCGAAACCGAGAAAAAGGUCAAAUCAGCGCCUGCUUUCGAGAUGACUGGCACUGAUAAAUUUUUCGCUGCAUUUGCCCAGGGUACACCCGAGGUGUCACGUAUCGCUGAUGAGGCAACCAAGGAAAACGCCAUUCCCGUGGUUAAGCCAAAGACUGGGGGAUCCCGUUUCCAGAAGCUAUUCUCAGCUCAAGAGGAGCCUCGUCGUCAGGUCGAACCCCCAACUCCCGCCGCUAGUGCACCGCCGCCAGCCGAAGCAAACCCGCUACUGGCUAUGGCUGGAGCACAACCACAAAAUGAUGUAGCUGAAAAAGUUGCUUUCCAGGCUUUACUCCAAAAGCUCCAUAAACAGACCCUACAAGCCACUACGCCUCCAUCCGGUGGGUUUUCGGAGCCUCCUAACCAUGCGGUUGCUUCGCCUGGUCCUUAUCAGCCUUAUGCACAAGAACGUCGCGAGGAGCUGCCUAUUCGUGCCCCCCCGCAGAAUCAGGACCUUCAUGCGAUUAGGCCACAGAUAACCCCACAAUUCGGCGGGAUUCGUUCUGAACAGCAGGUACUUCACGACCUCAUCGGCCAGCGUCAUGCUAGCCAGAAUCAGAACGCCCUGCGUUCUGAUCAGCCACCCAGCCGAAACAGUAACAGUAAUGCCGAGUUCCUGAUGACUCUAAUGCAAAGCGCCCGAACUGUGCCUGAAAACCAGAGAAACGAGCAACUUCCGAUGAGAAUGCCUCAACCCUCUAGGCCUGCACAGAUCCUCCCAACUCCAGACCGGGAGAUCGAUUAUCAGCAUGAGCGUAGCGCUUCACAGCACCAGGUUGGUCGCCCCACCGGCCUGCCCAGCUUUUUUGACGAAGCCCCAAUGCAUCACCGAGAGCCAGAGAGUCGUCCUCAACAGCCUACUCAGAUUCUUCAGCGCCAAGUUCCUCCAGGCUUGGACCAUAUUCCUCCCACCGCUUGGAUGCAGAAUAACGGACAGCAGCUACCUCCCCCAGGACGGCCUAUGAUCCCCCCUCCGGGUCUAGCUGGAAACCCACGUAAUGGCCCUGUCCCGGGAGGCUUUCCCCCUGGUAACUUUCCUAUGGGCGGGUUCCCUCCGGAUGGAAUAGCAGGCCCUCCGCGCAACAUGGCACCACCACCCGGCUUCUUCGGUGGCCCACCACCCGGAUUUAUCCACCCCGGAAUGCCGCCAGGUUUCCAGGGCCCCGACAACGUAGCGUUCGGGUUUGACCACCGUGGUAUGCCUCCCCCACCGGGUGCUUACCGUCGAAACUAGGCAGUACUCGGCGUCUGGUUACGUUAAAAACCAUUAUACUGUUGCCAAUCCGCGCAUGGAUCAGGCCGAAGCGUUUCGGCAUAUGCUUAAUAUUUUUUUUUCGGUCGCAUCUGCGUUUAGGGGUGUAGAAACGGAAACGGAUACUUGUAUGUACUGGUAUUGGUUGGGUCUGACAUGGGAAAAGGGUCGAAAUGACUACUUUUUUCUGUUAUUUUGGGACGAAGGGAAAACCAACUUUGUAUGAUUGCAGCAUCUUCCUUCCUUGCCCAUUCUCAGCAAGUUGAUUCCGACAAAAACGGUCAAUUAUUGCCUGUAUUCCAGUUCUGAGUUCUCUAUACACCAAAAAUAGCAGCACGUACCAAAUACUUCAGGGUUAGUAGCUUGUAUUCUGACAACGACGUAACUAGAUGAAUGCCAAAGUCUUUAUAAGCGGAGGAGAUCGUACUAUCCUCUCGAUUUUAUAAUGACCUUAUGUCCUUUUCGUCUAGUAUUGUUUGAGUCUUGGGUGAACUUUGCUUGCCCUUAUGUUUGUUUGGGAUUGUCUAUGACCGAUGUGGAACCUCCGGAGAAUCUCUAAAUUUACAACGGAGUUCGGACGAAGGGAGCAUACGAGGGUAGAAGGAAAACGCCUCAUUUUUAAAUAAGUGAAGUGAUUGCUUACUUUACUUUAAAUAUACCUAGGCAGUCAAGAGGGUUGGUAAUCAAACAUACUAAACUUGGUGGUAGUUCGGAUCCCCGGGG